UGAAGAAGAAACAGGAGAAUGAAAGAAGAGGGAAGAAGAGGAAACAGAGUGAAACUGUUCUGAGGUCAGCGGGCAGAAAGGGUGAAGCUGGCAAGCAGAAAAGCUGCCAGCCUGACAAAGUAGGAGUGAAAUCAUCAUCAUCAUCAGCACCGAACCACUCCCUCCGUCAGACUGAUCCUGGGACAGCAGAAAAGUCCAAGGAGAAGAAGAAGAUGGAAAACAGAGAUGCAUCCAAGACUCACAAGGUGCCAACGAUUUCAGAGACAAACUGGAAAAGAGCUCUGACUGCCAUCCUCGGGCAGCUGAACAACCCUCAGUACAAUGAGAUGCUGACAUUUCUGAAAAUCCUCCAAAAGAAGAAAACCACUAAGUUCAAAGAACACUUGCCCCAAAACAUUAUUGAGCGCUUCGGAGUGGAAACUUCCAUCCGGAAAGUCAAAGAAGCACUAGAUCGGAUACCUCGGAGGGACGAUGCAGUCCAGAAACACUUGCGACCCUUUGUGCACAAACUGAAGAGCAAACAGGAAAAGAAGAAGAAGGGUAAACGGAUAAACUCCCAGCGUAAGACUGAUCCUGUCGGCAUAAUGAAGUCCAAAAAGAAGAAGAUGGAGAACAAAGAUUCAUCCCUGAGAUCAACUGAAACCACCAAAACUCCCGAGACUGAUCCUGUCAGCACAAUGAAGCCCAAAAAGAAGAAGACGCAGAACAACGAUUUAUCUAUGAAGUCAGCUGAAACCACGAACGCUCCCGAGUCUGAUUGUUCAGAACCAUCAGAGGCUAAACUGGAGGAGCCAGCGAACAGUGAUUCAUCCCUGAAUUUGAAUGGAGCCACCAAAACUCCCAAGGCAGCUGUGGAGGAUCAGAGUGCACCUGUCCACACUGGGAGAGUUAAAAUCAAAGCAGUCACAUCCUUCAAUAAAAGCAACACUCACCUGGUGGUGGAUGUAAAAACGGAGCUGAAGGAGUGUUUUGUGAGGACUCGUCUCCUGGCAGAGGCACUUGGCUACAAAAUGGAUGAAGGCAUUGAAGCCAGAAUCCGCGAGGCAAUGCCGAUCUCAGCAGAGGCUACAAUGCAAGGAAAGAAAAUUACGGCCAUUAAAAAGGUUUAAAAAUGUAUUUUUAUGAUUAUUUAAUUUUACCUGUCUCACUCUGUUUUUCUAAGCUCAUGGUGUAAAUGACCAUUAAAUGGACACAUAUAUUUCAGUAGUAUUCUCACGUUUUUUGAAUGUUUUGUUUUGAAGUUCAGCCUUUUAUUUUGAAAGACAAAAUUAUAGCG